AUUCUAAUAGAGUUUUUUUUUUAAUUAAUUGGUCAAAUUAGAGUUGUCAAAAUUUAACAUAGCUUUCUCUCUCUUCCCUCUCUCAAUUUUUCAGAGAGAGAAAGCGAUGAGUAAAAUUUUCCGGCAACGAUGGCUUCCUUAGCAUUUGUUGACCGAUUACUCUUCCGGAAUCGUCUGGCUUCUACAGCAGAGUUGUCCGGCUUACUGUCCAGCACCGUUUUCGUUUUCACGGUGGCGUGUGGCUGGCUUCCUUUCCGACAUCGGUGGUGACCUUCACACCGUUGGUCGGCUUGCUUCCGGUACUUGUUGGCUCUUUCAGCAACGGUGGCUGGCGUUCCUUCCGACAUCGGUGGUGUCGUUCACACCGUUGGUUGGCUCACUUCCAGCACGGUUGGCUCACUUCCAGCGACGGUGGCUGGCUUAGCUUUAGUUUUUUUUUCUGUCUUUUUCGUUUGGGUUUGAAUAAUCUGCGAUUCAUGAGUUGUUGUUAUCGAUUUCGAUAGCUUUCUUCUCGUUUAAGUUGCAGAUCCUUGGGCUUCUCGUUUAUGGUGUAGAUCUAAUUUCUUGAAGAUUGAAAAGUUAUAGUUUGAAGAAGAAGAUUAAGAAGUUUGGCGUUAGGUGGAGUCAUAUUCUCAGCUAAUUGGAAUUCGCCUUGUUCUCUGGGUGUAGAUCGAGAUUUUUUUGUUCUUUUCCGACGAUUUCGGCCGGAUUUGAAGUUUCCAGGCGACGUUCCCUCUGUCGGUGAUCGGCGACUCCAACUCUUCGACUUCCCACGUGUCAGCCAUCAUGUUUCUCUCUUGCCACGUGUUCUGUGUUCCAAUGCUUACUCUUCAAUCUUCAGGGAAAGAUUUAUUAGUUGGGCCUAUAGCUUGUGUUUUAUUUGGCUUGUUUUUUAGGCUUGUUUAUUUUAGUUUUAAUGUUGGCCUGUUGUACUUAGGUUUGUAAUGUUAACCUGUUUACUUUGGCUUUUAUACCCUCGAUAAAACACUNAAAAAAAAAAAAAAAAAAAAAAAAAAAAAAAAAGUUGUCAAAAUUUUGCCAACUAAAAAAGUGAAGAUUGAAAUAAUGAUUUUUAUCAUAUUUUCUGAAAUUUGAUGUUUUUAAUAUCUGAAGUAAAUUGAAUUGCUUCUCCGAAAGAAAGAAGAUCAAAAGGUUGUAUGUUUGUUGUUGUUUGUUGCAUCGAUCUCGAAAAUCCCAGAUUGAUUUGAUUUUGCUCACCGAUUUGUUUCUUCGUCGCCCGGCGAAGAUGAACGGCGGUCCUUCCGGUUUCCAUAAUGCUCCGGUCACGAAAGCCUUCGUCAUCACGAGUGCUCUUUUCACUGUCUUCUUCGGGAUCCAAGGUCGUUCUUCCAAGCUCGGUUUGUCUUACCAGGAUAUUUUUGAGAAGUUCCGGAUAUGGAAGUUAAUCCUGUCGACUUUUGCCUUCUCCUCUACACCGGAACUGAUGUUUGGAUUGUAUUUGCUAUACUACUUCCGAGUUUUUGAGAGACAGAUUGGCUCAAAUAAGUACUCGGUUUUUCUCUUGUUCUCAGGGAGUGUAUCUCUACUACUAGAGGUCUUGUUGCUAUCGCUGCUUAAAGAUACCACCACAAACUUACUGACCUCUGGACCAUACGGCCUGAUAUUUGCUUCGUUUAUACCCUUCUACUUGGACAUUCCUGUUUCAACGAGAUUUCGCGUAUUUGGUGUCAACUUCUCUGAUAAGUCAUUCAUAUAUCUUGCAGGAGUUCAGCUUUUACUAUCUUCUUGGAAAAGAUCCAUCUUUCCUGGAAUUUGCGGCAUAAUCGCCGGUUCCUUGUAUCGUUUGAACAUCCUUGGCAUCCGCAAGGCAAAGUUCCCCGAGUUUGUGGCUUCGUUCUUUUCCCGGCUUUCUUUUCCCUCCUUCAGUAACGCUCCUCCUCCAGCACCAAGCAGGAACAUCGUUGGGACUAUAUCACCUAACACAGUGCGCCGAGCAGAGAGAUCUCAGCCAGCUCCAAUGGCAUCAAGUGUGGAACCAUCUGAGGAAGCCAUAGCUACAUUAGUAUCAAUGGGUUUUGACAGAAACGCAGCAAGACAGGCGCUCAUGCAUGCCAGAAAUGAUGUCAAUUCUGCCACAAACAUCCUCCUUGAAGCACAAUCCCACUAAUUCAAAAAGAGUUUUACUCUGAUUGGGAAGAACCAGAAACAUUGUUGAUUCCAGUUUCAGAAACAACACAGUGAUGAAUUCUUCGGCUGUCAGUGGACCAACCUUUGGAGCCAACAUGUCUCAGCAUAUAUGAUCCGGCCAAAGAUCUGACCAAACCUUCUUAUUUUGCGUUUGUAGUGUAGGAAAUUGCAUAGAUUAUGUAGUACAAAUUUGCAAGUUAAGAGGAAUACUGAGAAACUUAUCUCUCUGUAACUUCAAGACUUCAAAAAAAAAAAAACACAGAUCUUAAUGCAUUCACUCAAAACUUGCUUGGAA